AAACCAAACUCAGCUGUCUAAAAAUAGCAUCAGAGCUAGAACGUUGAACGAUACUCUCGCAUUUAAUGUAUGUUUUGUGACAUACGGGAGCCUUUAGUGAGUGAAAUAUUGUGUUAAAGAAGAAAUAUGGCGAAUGCAGCGACAAGAAACGUGUUUGUGAUGGGAUUUACCGGUAAAACCGGUAAGGCGGUCGUAGAUACGCUUGCAAAAGACACAGAUUUUGGGCGGAUAAAAUUAUUAGGCAGACGACAGGUUGAAACGUCUGUAAAAGAAGAUUCUAGAUUCGAACAGUACGUGGUGAACUAUGACAAGAUUGAGGACCACACGGACGCGUUCUCGGGAUGUGAGGCCGGCAUCUGUUGCAUGGGAGGGUCCGGGGGACGCUCCAUGCCUGAUGACCAGUACAUAAAGAUCAACCUGGACUACGUCAUAAACAGCGCCAAGGUGGCCAAGGCGGCCGGGUGCCGCCACUUCCUUAUGGUGUCCGCGACUGACAGCGACAAGAAAAGUCGGGUGACUUACAGGCGGACUAAGGGCAUAAUGGAAGAACAGCUGCAAGAGCUUGGCUUUGAGAGACUCACUAUCGUAAAGCCAGGGUAUAUUUCUGGUCCAAGGGAGACAACACGGUUUCUGGACGUUGCGACUGGGGUUGUGUUUUUCCCGCUAAUUAAGCUCUUCCCUACCAAGUACUCCGUGCCGGCGGCAUCCAUUGCACUGGCCAUGAUCAACUGUAUCAAAAUGGCGGAACACCCGAGUGUGAAGAUUCUUGAAAAUAAGGACAUCCAUACAGUAGCCAAGGAAACCAAGGAGCCGUGAAUAUGCGAGGGGGUGCGGGGGGUAUUGGUAGCUAGCUCCAGAUGUCGGCUAUUGUCUCGAAUUGAACAGCCGUUGUGUUGUCGUUAUCGCUGUUGUCGUCUUCUUAUUUAAGAUAUUUCAUGAUGCGCCCGUUGAUUAAAGGGCGCCAUGAUUGCCAACGCUUGGAACUCGCAUUACCAAAGCUUCGACUCAAAUUCGCAUCUCUCUAGCUGAUAUUUAUGUUGAGUUGUUUCCCUUCCUAUGAAAAAAAGCAGACGAAUGUUGACCGUCAGAUGCGGUUUAAAGUAUAAAGUUUAUAAAACAAUGAUUAAAGACGUUUACUCCCGAAUAAGAUGUACCAAUUGUUUUAUUUUUCUGAAAAGUAUGAAUAAAUAUAAAAAAACAAUGGUUCUUAUGCAGGAUACCGUGUUUUAUGUGAAAAAAUGGUGCAAAAAAACACUGUAUUUCUACCUUAUGAGACGAUUGUUGAUGAAUGUAAAUCCUUUCUGACCCAGUAGUCAUUUAAUAUUUUUGAGUUUUCAGCUGUUAAAUACACGGUUACAUUCUUGUUAUCAGUAAAAAAUAGUCUGGAAUAAUUCAUUAUUUAUUAAGAAGGUAAAGGUUUAUCCCUCAAAAUUUAUGUUUGUUUUACAUGUGUUUGUAUUGAUUUCAAAUGAGUGAAUUAUUUUAGUGAAAUGAUAUGUUAUAUAUGUUAUAUUAAACUUGUUAAUGUUGUAUCUAUGUUUUCAAAGAAACUGCAUUUGUUUUCGAAGUAACAUUGCUUGAGCUGGGUUUUCGACAGCUAACGUUUGUUCUUUCACGGCAAAAACACAGAUGAAAUGGGUGAAUUCUAGUAUCCAUUUCUAGCCUAAAACGUGUUUAUUUGGUGUAAUGAUGUGUUCAUUUUUUGCUUUAAGUUGUCUUUCAUACUAAACAUCUAGUUGAACCCGGUGUAAUUACAGAGUGUCCUACUAGUCUUUCCUGAUAUCGAGUGUUUGUAUGACUUCUCUUAUUAAGAAAUAAAAUGAUUUACAUGUG